CUGAGGGUAUAUUUCGCACUCCCUGGGAUCUGCGUCCGGCCACAGGUCACAGGCACCCUGGGAUUGGUAAAGCCGCGAUCAAGUUAGAUCCACCUGGAAUCCUCCGCUGCCUGGUAUUUAUAGAUACCCCCUCAAAAGAAGGAGUGCAAAAACCUUGGCUAUGCCUCUCUCUGGAACACCUGCCCCGCCUAACAAGCGAAGAAAGCCUUCCAGGGUCAUUACUGACCUGUCACAUGUUACUCAGGAUGAGUUUGAGGGCGAGCCAGAGGCGUCUGAGUUUGACCUGGGCCCCAAGAUCAGGACCCCCAGGGACACCAUGCUGGAGGAGCUGUCCCUCAUGAAGAAUAAAGGCUCCAAGAUGUUUCGGAUGAGGAAAGCAAGGAUGGAAAAGUUCAUUUAUGAGAACAACCCUGAUCUCUUCAGCAGCGAGUCCAUGGAGAACUUCCAGAACCUGGUUCCCAGUCUAGGGGGCCAGAUGGUGGACAUUGGGGGCCACCUGGUGGGCAAGCAGGCAGGUGGACAGGCCCCUGUGCCCCCUCCCAAACCUGGCAGCAAGGGUGCGGGGGUAGGAUCAGGUGGGAUGCAAGGGAUUGGAGGUGUAGGUGGACAGGGCAGGGAUGGCAGUGGUGUACACGGACAAGGUGUUAAUGGACUGGACGAGAGCAAGAAGGGUGGCCAGGACCCAAACGCAUACAAGUCACCAUGGGAACGGGCCAUGAAGGGCAAUGAGGAUCUCACAUCUACCAUGAAGUCUAAGAUGCCAGGCCCAAAAGUACAUUGCGAACUGCCCAAGUUCAAAAGCUUCAACAGGACUGCCAUACCUUUUGGAGGCUUUGAGAAGGCCUCCCAGCUGAUGACGUUCCAGCUGCCAGACAUUGAAGUAGCCAAGGAUGAGCCAGAGCCGGCGGUGGUGUACCAGCACGACAUUGGUUCUCGACCCUCCUUCAACCGCACUCCCAUAGGCUGGGUGGUGAACAACGAUGCCAGCAGCAUGCACAUGGAGAUGGACACCGUACCCUUUGACGGCGAGACUGAUGACCUUUGAAACACACACACAUGUACACACACACGCACCUGCGCCAUGAUUAUUCACACAUAAACACACAGACUGACUCGUACCGCUUGCUUUGGUCCAUUCAUUGUACAUUUAAAAUUAAUCUAGGAUAUGAACACUGAGCUGUGUGUCAAGUAAACUUGUUUGGCCAAUAGUGAUACAAGGAAACUAAAUUCUAGGGCUUGCUGAAUUCAUGAGGAUUAGUUUGUUUAAAUGAAAUGUUGAUUGUAAUGGAGAUUUCAGUUGCACUGACCUACUAAACAUAAUAUUCACAACCGUUGUGCGAAUAUUAUUAGGAUAUGUGUUAUUAUGUGUCAGUAUGAUUAAAUAAGGGGUAGAGAGUAUUUUGCAUGUUGCUCAAUAUCCAUGUGUGCAUCAACACUGUGUUGGUCACCAAGCUCCUUAUUUGAAUACCUUUUCCUGUAAAACAUUUGGAAAAUGUGACAGCUUUGUGACAAAUCCGAUUUUGCUGUGAACUGUAUCCAUUUUUGCUAAUGGUUUUUUGGUCUGUGUGUGACUGUGCUGCAUCAUGCAAUAUAGCUUCCAAAUAAACCUUAGUUCAAAUUGUA